AUGACUCGCUGUUUACCGGAGAAUAUUUUGUUAACUCUUACAGUAUGCGGUGUUAUUAGUGGAAUUACGCUUGGCGUGUGUUUACGUGAUCCACGAGUGAUUUGGACAAAAAGACAGCUCAGUUAUCUGAGAUCAUCAUUAUCAAGCUUAGAUCCAAGUACAGCUGGUCGUAUGGGAAGCAUCGCAUUGAUAUAUUAUUUCACGACAACUAUGAUAGCGAUUACAAUUGGAAUAAUACUUGUGGUUUCGAUAAAACCAGGCAAAUGGAUGAUAACAGAUAUCGAGGAGCUUGUUGGCACAAGUAAUACAAUACCGUGCGUUUCAAGUGCAGUGGAUACGAUGCUCGAUCUUGUUAAAGGAAUGUUUCCGGAAAAUUUAAUGGAAGCAACAUUUCGAAGCGAAAAAAUUUGCUUAAAAUUUAUGAAUGGCAGUAUUCAUGUUAAUUCAUUUGAAGCAACGAAACUCACUGAAGAGGAACGCAAUAAAUAUCAAGCAACACCUGAAAUUGUACGAACCGAUGGAAUGAAUAUUCUCGGAUUGGUAGUAUUUGCGGUUUCAGUUGGUAUCGUACUAGCACGAAUUGGUGAAGAAGGUGCACCACUUAAAGCUUUCUUUAAAUCAUUUGAAACUGUUUGCAUGCGAUUAAUAUCAUUCGUUAUUUGGUUAUCACCAGUUGGAAUCACCUUUUUAAUUGCUGCUCAAAUUGUCGGAAUGAAAAAUCCUGGAAUGGAAGUGCAGAGACUAAUGGGUUAUAUGAUUUGUGUUCUGGUUGGAUUAUCUAUACAUGGAUUAAUCGUCUUACCAACUCUUAUGAUUGUUAUAGCGAGGAGAAAUCCGAUUAAGUACGUUUAUGGAAUGGCUCAAGCUCUUCUCACAGCUCUCGCAACUAGUUCCAGUUCAGCGACACUACCGUUGAGCAUAAAAUGUGUCGAAGAAAAUAAUGGCGUCGAUCCAAGAGUUGCGCGCUUUGUAUUGCCUCUAGGCGCAACUAUGUAUUUUGUUCAUUUUUUAAAAAAUUACAGCUUAAUUCUCUUAAAUGAGAGCAUAUUGGCUGAAUACAUUGCUGCGUUACAGAAUAGAAAUAUGGAUGGGACAGCUUUAUAUGAAGCAGUGGCAGCAAUUUAUAUAUCGCAAUGCGUCGGGCAAGAUUUAUCCAUCGGAAGUAUCAUCAUUGUUAGUUUGACUGCAACUUUAGCUAGUAUCGGAAUUGUUACCAUGAUCAUGGUUCUUAUUGCAAUUGGUCUACCAUCAAACCUUUUUGUUUUAAUAUUUCCUGUCGAUUUCUUUCUGGAUCGUAUUCGUACUACAGUAAAUGUUUAUGGUGAUAGUAUUGGUGCUGCUGUGGUUGGUAAAAUUUGUGAAAAAUAUUUGCCAAAUAGAGACGGAGAGAUUGCAUCAACCGGUUAUCAUAUGCUAUCACAAACUGCUACCGAUCCAGUUAAGCGGCGAAAUUUUUGUGAAAACCACGAGUUAUAA